AUGAGUUUUGCCGAACUCCUAGACAGCAUUGGCGGCAUGGGCCGCUUUCAAAUCAUCCAUGUCGCUUUGCUUGUUAUCCCUGUUUUAAUGACAGCCUGUCAUAACCUCCUGCAGAAUUUUUCUGCUGCUGUCCCAGGACACCACUGCCAGAUCCGUGUCACUGCCAACAGCACGGGUGGUACAAACGUGACUCAAAGGCUGAGCACCAAAGAUCUCUUGAGGAUCUCCAUCCCCAUGGAUGGGGACUGGGAGCCGGAGAAGUGUCGCCGGUUCAUCACCACCCAGUGGCAGCUCCUAAAUCCCAAUGCCACCGUCGCGAACAAGACAGAGAUGAAAACAGAGCCAUGCACAGAUGGGUGGACCUACGACAAGAGCAUCUUCACCAACACCAUCAUUAUGGAGUGGGACCUGGUGUGUAACCUGCGGACGCUCGGACAGAUGGCUCAGUCAAUUUACAUGGCUGGGGUGCUGGUGGGAGCGCUUGUGUUUGGAAGCUUAGCGGACAGGUUCGGGCGGAAGGCUCUCCUGAGCUGGUCUUACCUGCAGAUGGCUGUCUCGGGCACCUGCACCGCCUUCUCGCCCAAUUUCACCGCAUACUGCAUCUUCCGCUUCCUGGUCGGGAUGGCCCUUUCUGGGAUCAUCCUCAACUGUAUGUCACUGGUUGUUGAGUGGGUGCCAACCAAUGUACGGACCAUAGCCGGCACAGUGGUGGGAUACUGCGCUACCAUUGGGCAGAUUGUUCUUGCAGGCUUGGCAUAUGCCCUCCCAGACUGGCGCUGGUUACAAUUCACCGCAUCAAUGCCCUUCUUCAUCUUCUUUCUCUACUCCUGGUGGUUUGCAGAGUCCGCUCGCUGGCUGGUUCUAUCAGGAAAACCGGACCGAGCAGUGCAGGUGCUUAAGAAAGUUGCUCAGAUAAAUAGAAAAAAAGAAGAAGGAGACAAGCUUGAUACUGAGGUCUUGAAAUCCAACAUGCAGAAGGAAAUGGCCUUGGCACAAUCUUCCUACACGUUGUACAGUUUGGUCCGCACACCCAACGUACGCAGGAUAUCCUGCUGCAUAUCUAGUGUCUGGUUUGCCACCAGCUUUGCCUUCUAUGGCUUGGCCAUGGACCUGCAGCACUUCGGCUUCAACAUUUAUCUCAUCCAGGUGGCUUUUGGCUCCAUUGACAUCCCGGCCAAGCUGGGCGCUGCCAUCGGGAUGAGCUUCAUCGGCCGGCGCUUCACCCAGGCAGCUUCCGUCAUCCUGGCAGGGCUGGCGAUCCUGGCCAACAUAUUUGUGCCACGAGAGCUGAAGGCCUUACGUACAUCCCUGGCAGUGCUUGGAAAAGGAUGCUUAGCCUCUUCCUUUAACUGUUUGUAUCUCUACACCGGCGAGCUGUACCCAACAGUCAUCAGACAGACCGGCAUGGGGCUUGGAAGCACCAUGGCUCGCGUGGGCGGCAUAGUAGCUCCGGUGGUAAGGGUGACGGGGGAAUAUUUCCCAUACUUCCCACCAAUUAUAUAUGGGACAGCUCCUAUAAUCUCAGGCAUCGCUGCUAUAUUCCUGCCAGAGACCCUCAAUGUGCCAUUGCCUGACACCAUAGAAGAAGUGGAGAGAGGGGAAAGGGCCAGAGACCUAAAGAAUGACGAGCAAAAGGAGAAGAUUCUUCUGCAGACAAUGGGGCCGGCAAUGCUGCAGGAAGCCUGA